UAUACAAAAAAUACACACGUUGUUGGGUAAGUUUCCAAUGUGAAUUCAACAUGUUAAAGAGUUGUUUGGCUGGCUGGCUCCACUUAAAUCACCGGCCGGCGGGACCGUGAAAAUCGCUGCGGUGGUGAACCGUGGGUCCCCCACACACUAAUCAACCAGGUCAUCUCUUGCAACACCUAUACACACAAAACAUCUGAAACAUUAUCCGUGAUCAGAGGUUGAUGAUGAUGAGUGAUAACUUAGUUGAUUCAGCGAAAGCAUAUUGGAUACUUCGACUGGUGUUUUGUUUGGUUUGAUUGGUGAAUUGCUGUUUAGUCCGCGGGUUGGAGAUGCCCUAGCUUCUAGCUAAGUAUGUUUACAGGCAGGUUUGUUUGUCUGCCAAAGGAGGUACUUAAAAAUGGCGCUGCUAGUGGACCAUGGUCCAUGGGUCCUUCGCACUUGAAUCAAGCUGGCUUAAUUCAUGCAACUUGUAAAAAUACUGAACAUCUUUAUAUAUGAUAAUAGAAUUCAAGCCUUUUUGUGAUAUAAGAAGCAUAUCCGGGGCAAAACAACUUGGUGUUGGAGGAGAAGCUAGUCUAUGCAUGACACUAGCAGAAUUGGAUAUAAUGGCCAGCUUCUCGCGAUUCAGGUCACAUUUGGAUAGUAAAAGGAGACGAUAUCUAUGUCUGACAACCUUGUUGCCAAUAUCAUGUCAAAAGUUGAAAGCGAAGUGAAGAAACCAGAGAAUAUGACAUCCUAUGUAUGGAUUCAAACUGCUGAUGGUUCUAUACAAGAAGUGGAACAGGAGGUUGCAAUAGUAAGCCCUACAAUUGAAUAUGCUAUGAAAUCAGGACUUGGUUCUUCAAAGAACAAUCCCAUAUCACUGGUCCCAAAAGUUCGAGCAACUUCUUUAAGUUUGGUAUUUGAUUACUGCCGAUUUCAAGUACACCGGUCUGAGGAGGAGCAGAAGACUUUUGAUGAAAACUUCCUUCAAAUAGAUGCAAGAAGUCUUUGUGAGUUAAUUAUUCUUGGAAACGACCUGCAACUUAGGCCGCUGAUUGAUUGCACCUGUGAAGCAUUGGCACAAAGGAUUAGUAAUAAUUCUACUGAAGAGAUAUGGCAUAUGUUGAAUUUGCAUGAUGACCUCCCAGAGUUAGAAAACUUGGACUCACGGGGGAAGUCGGUUAUUGAUUCAAGAAUCAGGCUUUUGGAAAAAUUAUACAAAAAGAAGAAGCAAACAAUCUUAAAUGGAAUAGAGAGUCUGAAGAACUUCAUGGCUGGAUUGGAGGCUAGGCAACAUGAAGAUACUCGUAAAGUUGAGGACCUCGUUUCAUUCAUUAAUGGAGGAGAUGGAGACCCACAAACUUUCAAGAAGAAAAAAAACCGCAAGAAAAGGGCACAAAAGAAAACUUCUUCCAGUAUUUCUUCUUCAUCUGAAUCACCUGCUUUAAAGAAAUUCAUUGAGAACCAUGACCAGGAUUUGAAGUCUUUUGCUUCUACAAAAGUUAUCGGUUCCACUGCUGAUACAUCAAAGCUAUUGGGGACCCGAGAUGAGAGCUUCAUUGUUAAGAAAGACGUUGAUGACAGUGACUGGGAUCCUGCUUUGAAAGAAGCGCUUCAUAGGGAAGUAGUGGAAUUUGCCAGGAGACUAAAUCUGAAUUAUGGUGACCUCAUUUGAGUUAGCAAAGCAGACUAGUUCGGUGGAAUUGAAUCAAUGACAAGAUCUUUUUACCUGGCAGUGGCAUAAGUCUUUCUGUUUGCCUGCAUGUUUUAUUUGGAUUCAAUCAAGGACUUAUAUUAGGUUCUAGCGGGAUGACUUCUUGGCAAUGGCUAGAAUCUCUUUUUCCAAUGACAAUUUUAUUUGAUUUUGAGAAGUUCAUGACUUGUAUCGGCAGCAGGAUGAAAUCUUAUUAUAUUAUCAUUUGCUUUAGUUCAGACUUCAGAAUUUCACCCAUGCCAGUUGUUUGGUUCGAGCAGGAUGCAUAAAUCUCCUAUUUUCUUGUCAAUUGCUCUGUUAUUUUGAUAUGAUAAUUACACAUUUACUUC